AUGGCAUCAUCAAACCAAUUGUCUGACUCUCAGACUCCGACCGGGACAUUCACAAUCCACUACUUCGCCACAGCAUCCCAAUACACAACAAAAAACACCGAGCGCCUCCCUGCGCCACUACAACUUUCAUUACUCUUCCCUCUCCUUGAGGAACGAUAUCCCGAAAUCAGAGAGAAAGUUCUCGUUAGCUGUGGUGUCAGUCUUGAGGGCGAAUACGUCGAUAUCGAGGAGGAUGCGACAACUGUGAUCCAAGCUGGGAAUGAGGUGGCUAUUAUCCCACCUGUGAGCUCGGGAUAG